CUAAGGCCUAAUGAGCCCCGCCCGCCCUCUGUUCUCACUCCUGGGUCGGGGUCGGGUGGUUAUGGGGCAGGGGGAGGGAGACAGUCGUCACUGCACGUGAGCUUCCCGGACGUCGCGAAAAUGGUGAAGUGCUUAAACGUGGCGCAGUUCCUGUGCACACACACAUUCAAGAGAUUAACAGGUAGGGCAGGGGGCAGUGAUCAAACCCGAGAUAGUCUGGUCCCUGAGCUGGGUCGAUCGUCAAGCCAAAUGUUCUCAUGGUGUUGAGGGACUGCAUCUCGCGAAGAAGGUCAAGCCAAAGAUCGAACGGUACUGAGGGAUGGCAAUGGACAGAUGGCCAUCAUGCAGUCAAACAGGCAGGGAGACAGACAGAGAGACAGACGGGUAGAAUAAGAGUCGAGGGUGGAGUGUCCCUUUGUCUCACCCAGUGUCUGAGUCAUCGGCAGCGUCUCGCUAUGGCAAGCAUAGCCAUCUCCAUUGUUGUCGAGCUUUACGAAGUGGCGCAAAAGGUCCUGACACGCCUCCUCCUCGCAGGGGACCUCUUGAGGGAGCAAUUCCUCCUCUCCUCUUCGGCCUGACCGAGAAGGGCAGAAAGGGUCUGCGUCACGGUCUGUCUCUGGAAAUAUGAGUGACAUGGCUUACAAGGGUCCAGUUCGGUUAUCAUUUCCUUGAGUGGUGACGGGUGGCCAUCCAAAGUGAGCCAACCGGACGAGCAGAUCGGGUUAAUGCCUGCAAACACAUACCAACGGCAGAUCACUUUUUUCUCAAUGUUUCAGCUGCGUGUGUCUCUCUGUGUGUGUUUGAGCCGACCCGUGUUCAGAACGUUCAGCGUGUCCCUGAGUCUUGUAAUCUCUAUUGGCAGGCUGCCCAGCAGAUUGUUCCUCAGAGAAAGGAUUUGCAGGCUCCUUGCCUCCCCGACAGUGCUGGGCAGGUCAACGAUCAAGUUGGAGUCGAAGUAAGCGCGAGACAAGAGAGGCAGCUUGAACAGAGAGGAUGGGAGGGCCUUCACGGCUGCAAGAAACAACCAUGUGACACAGACGGAUGGUGGGGUGCUGCGACCGCUUGUUCACCUGAAUACUCCCAGAUGACCAGCCUUAAAUACUUGAGGUGCUUUCCGAUCUCGUCUCUCAUCUCGGUAACGUUGUGUUUCAGCCUGUCGGUCGCAUGCUAAUGCAAGCACACCAGACACAAAGAGACAGACAGGCAGAUAUGCGCGAGAAAAGUGCCGUGCAGUGUCCGGCUCACUUCCAACUCGGGGUAGAAAGCGGCAACCUAUCGUAGAGAACACCAGCACGCACCACACGCCGUUGCUGCCGCAGCCAGGGCCGUGCCGUGAUUACCUCUAGCGUCGAGUAGUGGCUGAUGGCUUCAUUGAAUGCUUCAAUGUCAGUGUCAUCUUUCGUCGUCAUGACUCGACAGUCACACCUGCAACCAAACAUAGCAGAGGGGCCGGCGAGCGCAUGUGUGUCCUUAGUUGUGUUAUGGGUGUGUCUCUUGUCUGACGGGAUGCGGAAGCCGGGUAGGAUGAAAUCCUCGGUUUCCCGCUUCAGGCCUUCGUUUUGGCCCAAAAUGGAGUCCGAAUCCAGCUGUCUGAACGGUGGUGAGGUCGGAUAGGUGCAGAUAUGAAAUCCAGGCAGGUGACGGCAUACAUAUCCAGCUGACACAUGUACACAGACACACAGAUAGGUACAUGUCUCUCUUCCACGACGGAUCGCGGUAUCUUUGUACCUCUCGCAGUCUGCAUGAUGAUCCACCCGAAGGGGGCCCAGGCAAGCAAGAGCGAUAGCGCAGACACCCAUUUUGCAAUGAGCACGUCCAACACGCGAACCAUCGGCACCUUCACUUUGGCUCUUUUUGUGCCAUGACGGGUCGGAGUGCCCUCACGCGCGGCUGACAGGUCGCUGUUGGCUGGAAGCAGCUCGGACUCCCGGCGCUCUUCCCGAUCGUCCUCCCCUGUGGAUAUGCUGGUCCUGUGCUCGGAUGGGGCCAGGGCGAUGCUCACGCGAGUAGCCUUGCGGUCAAGACGUGGUCUGCUGUCAGAUUUGAGGAUCGACUGGAGUCGUUUCAUCUCUGGCUUCAUGUCUGACUGCUCCUCAGAGGCUCCCUCGUCAAGGCUGUCACGCUUGCUUGUCGAGCUCCGCUGGCUGAUGGUCGGCGACGAGUCAGUUGAAGACGAAGCGAAUUGAGAUGAAGAGGCAGCGUGCUGUGAGGCGUCUACUGCCAUCUGUGUGAUCUCGGGUACCGGCGGGAGGAGGCCCUCUCCUAGCACGUCCAAAAGGCUGUUCCGCUUUGUGGAGCGCCGUCGCCCCUGGUCCUCCGGGAGGUCCGGAUCGAUGUCGAUGAAAAUGUCGACAGCUUCGAUAUGUUCAGGGACGUCAGAGUCCACUGAUAUGCGUGGCGCUCUUCUGGGCACUUCUUCCUUGCUGCAGUCUUCCUCGGUGUGGACGUCCUUGGGCGGUCGAUGCGCUUUCAGUGCGUGCAGGAGCAGAACUUCGUGGCGGAUACAGAAUGGGCUGUCGCCUGCAGAUGCAGAAGAAAAAGGAGUCAAGAGAGAAAAGCUGGCCGGACUGACCUUCACGCACGAUUGACAACUGGCUCCGCCGGCCGACUGAGGCGUGGCUUUCGCUGAAGACCCGAUCCCGCUGCUUUGGUGACACCCGUUUCUCGACGGCAGCGGUAUCGCCCUCCUGCUGCUGCUCGAGGUCGUCGAGGCGGGUCGGCAUGGACUUGAGGGAGUCCUUCUUGUCUCUCCUGCUAGCCGUGGAGAAUAUCGACCACCGCUCUGGCUUCCGCGACUCCACUUUGCCCCGCUUGUCGCUCACAUCGGACCGCUGACUCCUCAGCUCAGGCUGAGGCAUGUCUCGCCAGCCAGGCAUCGCCAACCGAGCGAGCAGCGAGGGGCGCUGUCCCCCUGGCAGUGCCAUCUGAGAGCCACGCUUGGCGCCUCGGCCAACCCGUCUGGAUGAACGUCUUUCGGGAGACCGCUCCACCUUUGGGAACUGGAAGUCGGUGUCGAGCCACUCGUCCAGAUUCCCAAUCAUACCCAGUUGGUCAAAGAACAACUGUCUACCACCGCUGACAAAGGAACGGUAAGCAAAACCACCGAAUCGCUUCUAAACACGACUUGCUCGCUUCCGUACCUCUGGAGGCUCGACUUUCUCUUGGAUCCCUUCCGUGAGCCCGAUUUGCUGUCCCCCGUCUGCCUGCGGGACUGGGCUGAGCUCUGGAGCUGGGUUGUCGGCUUUCCAAAAAAGGCAAAGAUGGACUGGCGCAUGGUGGAUGACGGUCUCGACUCCCGGGAUGGUCGUUUGCUGGACGUGGCGAUUGACACUGCCGGUGAGCCGCCCCCCGCUUCUUGGCCACCGAUCUCCUGAGGAUAUGAUGAUAGCUUAAUUCCAGCACCGAAGUCAUCAACAAAGAUGGAUACCUGGAAUUGCUCGUAGAAGGUAACGCCAGAACGGAUAGUGGGCUUAGUCGCCAGGACGGGGAUCAUUGGCCGCUCGCCCGCUUGCUCUGGGCGUGGCAGCGACAGCGCCGCAUCGGCCGUUGAGAUGUCUCCUUCCGUGGGGCCUCCCUCCUCGCCUUCCUCCAUCACAGCCGUCAGCGCAUGUGUUGGCUUCGCAGACCCCUUCUCAGCCUCUGCAUCCUCUAUGGCUUGGUUCACCUCUUGAAGCUGCCCGCGAACACCCAAAAAGAUGAAUUUGCAAGAGACUUCAGAACCGUCGCUUGGCUCACUUACAUGUAAGCCGGCCACUCGUCGCUUCUGCCGGGCCUUGUAUGAGUAGCUGCCCUGUAGAUAAGAUAAGACGCACAAGCAGAGAUAAAGGCGGUCAAGUCUUCGGCAGAGAGGCGUCUCUUGCCUUGAGAAGGAGAAGGGCGUCAAGCGUGCGCAAACUCCUGCGGUGACAGACAGCCCGAAACAUGCCUUCUCCCUGCCUGCGUUGCAAGUUUUGCAUCCCCACCACAGUGCGACAAGGAGGGGAAUAACCGAAGAGAGCAUCCACAGAAUGCCUGUGGACCUCAAGCCGAGAAGCGACGCGUGCGAGAAAGGAUUCCAAGAGACACGCGUCUGCAAGAAGCUCCCAGCGACACAGAAAGCGUGGAGGGCAUACCUGCAGAGCAAACACAAAAAUGAGACUCAUAUCCUAAUGCAGCGGGUGAAAAGUGCACUUCAGGGCGUACAGCAGUGGAAGGACAAUGGAGGCAAAGAUGGCAAAUCCUCGUUGGCUCGUGUAGCAGAGAAGAGCGACAACCUGCAGGCACAAUGAAGCAACACAUACACAGUGAAUGCAACAGAGGAGUUUGUGCAGCAGGCGGCACGCUCGGGCAGCCCAGCACACCAGGGCGUGAGAUGCUGCACACCACAACCAGCAGAGACAUGGUCUGGACAUCGUUCACUGGCUUGAGUGUCAAUCGUGCUGCGAACCUAUGAUUCCGCCAAGCGAUAGGAAGACCUAUGGCCACACACACGCACACAGAGUCCACUCGCUUUGGGCGAUAACGGCACUCACCGCCGCAGGUGCGGCAGGGAUUUCGGUCACUGGGAGAGGGAAGAGCUCCAAGCCGCAGUAGCUGAUCAUCCUGAGGAUCUGGAGGACAAGAGUACCCACCUGCACAAACAAACACACACGUGUGUGUUCCUUAUCCACGCGCAUGGACAAGUAGAGAGCACCGCACCUCAAGUACGCUGUAGUUGACCCAGAACAGUUUGCCGGUGACUCCCACUGUGAGGCAUACACACACAGAUGGCUGCCGGGAUGCGCGGGUGACUUCCACCGGAGCGCUUACCGUUGCGCACAAUGACCAGCCACACACCAUAGACGAAGUUGCGCACUUUGAUCCAAGCGUCCGACAAUUGCCGCAUCCGGGAGCUCGUGGCCGUGGAUGUCGUGCUGUCCUCCUUCGGAGGCUGCACCGUCUCAGCUGCCUACGCAGACAGACGAUAGAAAGGCAGAGCGUGUGUAUGUGUGCUUCCCGUACAAUCUACCCCGGCGUCGGUGUCAUUGGGAGGAAGACAGCGAGGCGUUCGUGACUUGUCUUCCCCACUGGUGGUCUCCUCGGGUGACGUUCGAUCAGAGGCGUGGGGUGACCUGGCGUUAAAGGCGGUUUUCGGCGAGAGGAGGCGCUUCUCACGGGCUUUCGUGGCCGACUCACUGAUCAUCGAACCCUCUCUCAUGCGUCGGGUGAGUUUCUGCAAAGCAUCAAGCAGCAGCACGACACAACCAAGAGCUUGAGCAUGAGCUUUGUUGGCCAGAGGCUCUCUCUCUCUCUCUCUCUCUCUUGCAUCCGUCAGUCAUCGAUUUACAUUCAGUGUGGCCUUCCACCGCCUGACGUACGACACACAAGAAUCACCGUUAUGCCGUUGCGCCACCACUAUGCAUUUCAGGCUUACUUGAAGUUCCAGUACUACACCCAAGCAAACAAGCAAGGCAGCCAGGCAGACAGACAGACAACGACAUGAGCAGUGAAGACAGACUGCCGGGCUGCGCAGUCCUUACCUCGACGCACUGUUUCCAUCUGAUGAUGUGUGAGUACAGGAUGGCGAGGGCGAGCGCGCAGAGGC